AUGGUGAUUGUAGUUGGCUGUACACUCUGUGUAAUGGCUUACAUAAGUUUUUCGUCGACAGCACCUUGUCCUACGAAAGGCAAAUGGAGUUAUCCAGUUUUUUGGAUUGGUCUACCAGGGACCUAUCCUUGCGAAUAUUUUUCAGCAAAUGGGGGUUCAACAAGGGCGAUAACAGUUUUAGAAUGUCCUUACACUGGCAAUUCCGUUUACAAACAGCUGAUCUAUUUAGGUUAUGAAUCGGUGCGCCAUUCGCCAACUUCCUCUACUCGAAUGCCAUCUUCUACCGGGAAGAGCUCUAAUGGCUGCUUGGUAAGAUCUAAUAAUCCAAUUUCAGUUGUGGCCAUAAAUCAAUAUAGUGGUAUAAUUGAAGGCAGUCAGUUUCGGGAACUGAAAGAACUUGGAAAUGAAUAUUAUAUUAUGACUGCAAACCCGAACAUCUCUUCUAAACCAGAGUUCGCCAUCAUGGCGCCUUUCGCGGGUACAAACAUCAGGGUGCGACUUCCUCUGGUACGACCAAUCUCUGUUAAUUACGAAGGUACGACCUACACCACUGGCGAUUGGAUUAAUGAUACCCUGAAAGAUUUUCAAACCAUGAGAAUAGUAACGAAUAAAAUAGAUUUAACCGGUUCUUACGUCGUGUCGGAUAAACCGGUUGCGGUUGUGGCUGGAGACUAUGAAACCAAAGUUACUAUUGGCGGAACAGUAGUGAGUGGACACGUAGAGGAAUCCAUGCCACCAGUCCAAGAAUUGGGUAGAGAUUACAUUGUAGCGCCUCUAAUUCACGAGAACUAUACCUGCUCGUUACGCAUAUUGGCUGUAAGUAACGUCACAGAUGUAACAGGCGUCACAAUAUCGAACAUAACCGACACGGUCGGAUUCGCUGUUUCGAUUCCUUUCAAUGAAGUUUAUGAUUACGACUUCAACUGCGAACUCCAACGUAUUCGUGCUAACCAAGAUAUUAUGGUCGGACUGUUCACACAAACUGGAGGUAUAGUUGGUGGAAAGCCUGCGUAUUUUCUUUUGACACCGUUGGAGAAAGCUGGAAAUGUAGCGUGGUUUAGUGUGCCAAACAAACAUGGCUUAAAUCUUGAAAAUCCUUUUGAACACACUUACGUGAACAUUAUUGUAAAGGCCUCUGAUGCUAGUGGAAUUCGAGUAAGGAACUCGAGCAUCACAUCCCAUUUCCAUCAAGACAUUGACGUUGGAGGCGAAAACUACUCUGCAUACUCUGUACCUGUUGAUGCAUCUUUGUCCGAUGCUCAUUAUGUCAACCAUACAUCAGGGGGUAAAUUUAUAGGUUAUUUUGAAGCGAGGAAAGACGACUGGAGAUCUUACGGAUAUACCCUGAUACCUUAUACACUGGGACCAGAUUUUCUUUUCUGGAAUGCAAAUGAUCAUGUUGUCAUUGCUAAAAACAUAACAUACAAUUCAAAUUUUAAAGUCAAAAAUUUUGAAGCAACGAGCAACUUUCAAGUGAAAUCAUUUGAUCCAGAUACCAACGUAGUUUUGACUCCCACCAGCAGAGCCGCUGCCAUAAACAGAUGUAAGAAAACCUCAUGUGACUUGGUCAGUUGUACGAACACCGAUAUGUGCACGCUUUUGUACACUCCACUUUAUUGUCUUGUUUAUGGAAGAUCUGGCUCGGCGUUUUUUAGUUAUUCUGGAAAUAAAGAAGAGUCUUGUUUUUCACCGCCACCGACAUAG